AUGGUUUCCUUGAAUUAUGAAAAGCGUUCUACAUCUAGACAAUCUGUUAAGAAACUUCCCAGUCGUUCGCUUAGGCGCAUAUUAUUCUUGUUUUUCUUGACGGUACUGUCCGUCUGGUCUAUUUGGUUCUUCCUACCAACGUUGCAUUCUUCAAUAGAGGAGAAGUAUGUUAUAUGGGUGAAACACCCACAACAUUCCGAUCCUGUCAAAGUUCGCGUACCAUAUAAUUCCGACAUUGCAGACGUCAAGAAAAUGGUGAAAUCAGAAUUACAACCUGCUCUUGAUAAAGAGAGUCUUGGUAAUGUAGUAAUUCUGAGCCCAAAACUUGGUCGACUGAACCCCCGCACGUUGGUUCGAAAAGUGAAUUUGGAUAAGAGUGAGCAUUUGAUAGUUUUUGUGGAUAAUGUUGAUUCUCGGUUAUUUUUGAAAACGCUCACUUCCGACCAACUUCCACUGCAAGUCAAUGCACCGUUGUGUCUCAAAAGUGACGAGGCAUAUAUGGUCAUAGCAAAAGUCCUCAUGGGACAAUAUUCACAGAAAGACAUCAUUGCGUUGAAAAAUAACCUGUGUGAUUCAAGUGUCGAAAGCUGGAGUUCUAGAUAUUCGUAUACCGGGCGGUAA